AUGGGCGGGGCCUUAAACGACAUCCAAUCAGGGAUGCUUGCUAAGAAUCGUCCAAUCAGACCCCAGCUGAAGCGGACAGGGCGGCUUCUGGGAUUUGGCGCCGCUGCCUUUGUGUUUGGUAGCAGCGGGAGCUCCUGCUCUCCCUGGCCUCCUGACCUACUGGGACCAUUGACAUUCAUGGAUGUGGUAAUAAGAUUUUCUCCAGAAGAGUGGCAAUUCCUGGACACCGCACAGCAGAAUUUAUAUAGGGAUGUGAUGUUAGAGAACUACAGAAACCUGGUCUUCCUGGAAUGUGGCAAAGCCUUUAACCGAUCCUCAUCCCUUACUGUACAUAACAUAAAUCAUAUUGGAGAAAAACCUUACAAAUGUAAACAGUGUGGCAAAGGUUUUAGCCGAUCCUCAUCCCUUACUGAACAUAAGAUAAUUCAUACUACAGAGAAACCCUACAAAUGUGAAGAAUGUGGCAAAGCCUUUAACCGAUCCUCAUCCCUUACUGUACAUAACAGAAUUCAUACUGGAGAAAAACCUUACAAAUGUAAACAAUGUGGCAGAGGUUUUAGCGAAUCCUCAUCCCUUACUAAACAUAGGAUAAUUCAUACUACAGAGAAACCCUACAAAUAUGAAGAAUGUGGCAAAGCCUUUAACAAGUCCUCAAUUCUUAACAUACAUAAGAUGAUUCAUACUAAAGAGCAAGCACAAACCUUAAAGAUGUGA